CAAAAACGGGCCUGUAGCACGGUAGCCUCUUUUAAACGUGUUCAAGGAAUCUCUAAUUACUAGACGUACCUGGCUAUUUGUCUCUCGCUUGCAAAGACACAGGUCAUGGCGUCUACAUCAAUGCAGUCCACCACUACAAACACCACGAUGGUUCUGACGCCGACAAUGACCUUGCGGGGUCAUGAAGACUAUAUUCGCUCUAUAUCCUACUUUCCGGGCGGCGAGCGAAUGAUCAGUGGAUCUGAUGAUCUUACCACUCGGCAAUGGAAUAUGAAGGCAGGUAAGGAGAUUCCGAAGUCGCGGGAUGAUUGUCGGCGGCAAGUCCGUGCAGUGGCAGUUUCAAGGGAUGGUCGUUGGGUUGUUACUGGUGGUUCACAUUCUGGUCGCGGGGAGCUUAAAGCGUGUGAUGUUCAGACGGGCGUCGUCAAGACGUUUGAAGGCCACUCAGAAGAAACUUAUUGCAUCGAUAUCUCUGCGGACAGCACGUUGCUGGCGAGCGGGACACUCGGUCGGUUGGCUCGGAUAUGGAACUUGGGGACUGGCAAACUGGUAGUUGGACCAUUCACGAGUGUUCAGGGUCUGGGCGCAGUUCGAUUCUCGCAAGAUUCAAAGAAGCUUGCAGUAAUGUCGGAUGUAGGGAAGUGCCUUGAGGUGUGGGACGUACACAAACAGAAAAUGGACGUCAGAGCAGGAAAGUUUGGUUACGACCCCAUGAUAUAUGCAUCAAUGUUCUGGACAAAGAACUCAACCAUCAUUGCGGCAUUCAGCUUCACGGGUGACCCCGCCAAGACGAUCUAUGAAUUCGAUGCAUCCACCCUAAAGACUGUUGGAGUUCCCUUCAAAGGACACACCAUGGUGCUCGCAGGCCUGGCGCUUUCAUCUGAUGAUACUCUCCUCGUUUCCGCCUGCUACGAAACUAUUAAGCUCUGGGCCUUCGAGUCCCGCCAUCUCCUUGCUUCAUUCGACGUUCUGCCUAUUCACUCCUUAGCCCUUUCACCCGACUCGCGUCAACUAGCUUAUGCAAGUGGUAGUGACAUUUAUAUUCACAACACUCCGGCCGAGAUCCUGGCCAGCAUCGGUCCUGCGCCGGAUGCACAGGCCAGUACCAGCGCACAAAAAAAGUCAAACCUCGCUGAUCUACUAAAGUCUGAUGCAACCCGCCGUCCUGGUGCUGUGCGCCGCAACCCAGUGACAUCCCCUGUCAUUUCGUACCCCCCAAGGCAAAGACCUCCGCCCGCAGUAGACCCGCAACAAUCCAUUUUCGUCCGCCGCCUCCGAAAGCUCCUUCGAUUGCCUCCUCGCGCGAAUGCGGUUUCGAACGAUCAGCCCCGUGACCCCCUAGACUUCCCUGCUACAUCUGCCCUACCUCCCAACCACUCUCUCUUGGCUCAGGCAACAAAUUUAGAAACAAGUCCUCCUCCCCGCCACGCGAGCGGCCUUACGCAGUUCCUGCGGCAGCACAUCCCUUUGCGGUCAAGGCCCAACCACGAACCACCGGAAAUUGAAGUCGCAGCCGGACGCAAGUUUACUCGGCUUGCAGCCGCUAGGCUACCAGAAUACAAAAAAGUCGAUGAUACUCGACAUCGAUCUAGACAGCAGCUUGCCGCUUCGUCGGCCGUGGCAGCGAAUGACCCACCGUCCGAGUCGUCCGAUCUCGACUCCCUUCCAGAUGUGCAUUGGUGCAAGGCAUUCCUCUGCUACUACUCAUGCUGGUCUCAUGGCAGGCUGAGGAUGCCUCCACGAUGGCGCUUGGAGCGUGUUUACCCACUCCAGCAGGCUGGCACGACGAGUGGUAGUGGCGGAGGUUCUCGUGGUCGCAGUUAGCUCAAUAAUCUCCCAAGUUCAUUGAAUUCCCUGCAACACAUGAUUUUGAUGGAUCUUGACCAAUCUGCUUUUGCUCCAUCAGGCAAACCCUCCGAUGCAAACUUAGAGCCACUUGGUCAAAAUUU